AUGAGUCCACUAAGCUUCUUCCUAGCGGCUCUCGCUCUCCUCAUAGGCUGCUCCUCUCGUGCCGCGUCGCAGAUCCUCGAUGCGCCUGGCGGCGCGAUGGGCGGCGACGGCGGGAUCGAACGCGCCAUGUCGCUGUAUCGGGCCUGGGAGGACAUCUACGGGUUGAAGCCCUCCAACCAUCUUCCCCCCGCCAACAUCUCCCUUCCGCCCAACGUGCCCCCCGCGCCGCACCUCGAGGAUUGCGCGGCGCGCACGGCGUUCCGCCAGGCGGCGGAGCAGCGCGGGGCGGACGGGGAGCCCCCCGCGUGGACGCGCCCCAGCAACUGCUGCGGCUGCAACCCGCAACCCCCGUGGGUGCGCGGAUCAGACGCGGGCAACCCCCCCCUAACCCGCGUGGCGCAGAGGGACCUGUGGGCGCACCAGUUCCCCGCCUCCUGCGCGGGCAAGCGCCUGCUACUCCUCGACUGGCCCAACCCCCCCCCUCCCGACUCCGCUGCUGAUGCUUCCACUGGUGCUGCUGGUGCUGGUGGUGCGGGUAGUGGUGCGGUUACCACAGGGUCGGACCUGCCGUUACUGCUGCAGUGGGCAGCGGCGGCGCUAGGCCUGGCUGUGCGGUUUGACCGUGUGCUGGUGAUCAGAGGCGCGUUCCCCCCCGCCAAACACGGCCACUGCAACGACCUUUCCGCAUCAGGCGCGCUGCACUGCUACUUCCUGCCCUUCGUCUCCCAGGACUGCGAGCGCACGGCUCUAGACGCCGCAGCCGCCAGCAGCAGCACCAUGCCCGCAUGCUUGGAUGGACUAAGCGCAGGCGCAGAGGGAGCGGGGGAGAGAGAGGCGCUGCUGAAAGGGCAGGAGCCCGUGGUGUGCAUGAAAGGGGGCUCGCUGCAGGACCUGAGGGGGGAGGGCGUGCUGGGGAGACAGGCUAUUGCUUCUGCUGCCGCCGCUGCUGCCGACCGGUGGGGCAAGGCGUAUCAGCAGCAGGCGAGCGUACUGGAGGUGGAGGGAGUGGUGAGGAAUGACGACGCCACACUCAAGGCCUACUGGUGGCAGGCCCAAGCCCUGCGCUUCCUGCUGCGCUGGCCCUCCGCGCUGCUCUGCCACGCCACCAACCGCAUGCGCCACUCCGCGUACGGGCUGCGCGUGGCCACACACAUGCUGUUAUCCCGCAACCAGCAGACCGCAAUCAUCCGCAACGUGGCCAACCCCGACGGCACGCCCGAGAACAUCAACAAGAUCAACGGCUCAGAAGAGGCCGUGGCUCUGGCCCGCCUCAAUUUCACCUCGGCUUGGACCUUGCACACUAGGGGGUGGCUUGGGGAGGGUUUUGCCGGGUGUGUUGAUGCUCGGGGUGGCGGUUUGACUGGGAGAGCGGAGGAGGAUGAUGCGUUUGUUAAGUCGGAGAAGGGCAGGGGGAGGGUGGUUGUGGAUAGGGAUUACGAGGGGGUUGGGGGGGAGGUGUAUGUGAUGCGGCCAAUCGUGAGCGUACAGCUGGCGCUGAGUGGUGACAGAGGAGGGGCGGAAGGGGGAGCAGGAGGAGGAGGAGUGGCAGCAGGAGGGCUGGUGGGGGAGGAGAGGUGGGGGUUGAUGCUGAGUGCGAUCAUGGGGUUUGUGCAUCGCUUGCGGUUGGCCGUUCCGGAUAUGAGAUACAUUUGGCUCAGCACCCUUGCUCAGCCCGGUGUAUGCCACUCCUCCACCAGCACUUAG